AAAAAAAGGUAGAGUUAGAGGAUGAAAACUCGUACAAAACUGAAGAUUAAAAUUUCCAUUCCUCUGUGGCUCCUGAGUUCAUGGCGUCUUCCUCCUCAUCUAACAAAAGUUCUUUCACUGAAUUGGAAAGGAAAACGUUAACUGUAUCUGAGAAAAUAUAUGAUGCAUUUAUCAACCACCGAGGCCCUGACGUGAAAGACACUGUUGCUUUUGCACUUUACGAAUCACUGGAGGAAAAGGAAUGUUGGACAUUUCUUGAUGAUCAAGAAUUACAAUUGGGAGAUUUAAUUCCCUCUGCCAUACAAAAUGCCAUUUACUCUUCUAAAGUGCAGAUAGCCAUCUUCUCACCGGGAUAUGCGGAGUCGUCUUGGUGUUUAGAUGAGCUUCUUCUCAUGCUGAAAACCAAGGCUCAGUUUAUUCCCAUCUUUUGUGACGUGAAGCCUUCUGAUCUUCGCUAUCCUGACAAGGGAGUUUAUGCUCCUGCAUUCGCUCAACAUGAAGAAAAGGGGAGAUUCAGCGACGAGAGGCUUCACCAGUGGAAAGAAGCCCUCCACUCUUCUUCACUCAUCUCUGGCUACGAAUUCAGCACAUCUAAUGAAAAUGUCGAGAGGCUGUGUACAAAAAUUGCCCUUGCUGUGCAAAAAGAGGAUGGAAAGAUGAGAAAUGCGCAGCAACUGUGCCUAUCGAGCUGCGUGUGUGAAAUACUUGGAUAUUUAAUCAGAAGCAUAACUCAGAGGUCAGAUCUUCAUGCAGAGGCAGCAACAUCAACAACAAGUACAUCAGCACAAGUUAAGGUAUGUAGUCUUCCGCCCAGAGAUUCACAUUCUGUGGGCAUAGAAUCCAAAGUUGAACACAUGGUAGGUUUGUUAGAAGACCCAGGAGUUCAAGUCAUAGCCGUCGUUGGUAUGGGCGGCUCGGGGAAAACAUUUCUCCUCCAAAAUGUCUUCAAAGCCGUAAAAUCCAAGAACGACUAUUCCAUUUGGCUCUCUAUUUCUAAAUCUUAUUCUCUCGAGAAUUUGCAACAUGAUAUAGCCUCCCACAUAGGCAAGCAACGUGAAAUUGUGGACAACAAAGUAUCUAAAGAGAGAGCAGCUGAACUGAUUCAUGACCAUCUCCUAGGGAAAAGAUGUCUUAUUGUGUUGGAUGAUCUGUGGACGCUCUCCACAGAAAAUAGUCUGAUUGACAAACUUGGUCUACCAACUGAUAAAGACUGUAAAGUUGUGAUUAGCACAAGAAACAGGCAGGUUGCUCUAAAUUCAAAUGCUCGAAUUUAUGAGAUGAAAAAUUUGUCUGAUGAAGACAGCUGGAGGCUGUUUUGUGUCUAUGCAUUUCCGAAUUGUGUAGAAAAUAGAGCGCCACUGCUUAUGGAAGAGGAGGGUCGGAAGAUUGUGAAGCAAUGUGGAAAUUUACCUCUUGCUAUCAAAACGAUAGCAGCAUCUCUGGCUAACACACGACUUCUCAGCAAAUGGGUGUUGAAGCGCCGUCAGCUCGAAAGAGUAGUUACUACCAGUGGUGGUCAUGACCCUGUCAUGGAAAUAUUGAAAUUAAGCUACGACGCUUUGCCUGCAUACCUUAAAGCGUGUUUUGCAUAUCUUUCCUUCUUUCCUGAGGAUGAAGAGAUAGAUUCUGAGUAUUUGAUAAAUCUAUGGAUAGCGGAAGGAUUCAUCCCAGCAGGAGAGGAUCAGUGGGAUUUGGGCUGGGAUUGGUUAGAUCAACUUGACCAGCUGUGUCUGAUUCAGGUGUGUGAGAGAGGCGAUGGCAGUUAUUUAACCAAAUACUGCAAAAUUCACGAUUUAUUGCAUGAUUUGGCCAUACACAUUUCGAAAGAAAAUAGAUGUGCUCUUUCAGUUGAGGAAGUCUCUAGACAUACAAGUGGUGCCACAGGCUGGUGUCGGAUUUUACUGGCCAAGAAAGGUCUACAUGUCAAUCCCAUCUCGGAGAGCCGUCCUAUUUAUCUCCGUACACUCACACUAUCCCAGAAUGAGCAGAUUGCAAGCAUUCCAGAUAACUUGUUUACCACUAUUAGAGGACUGCGCGUUCUGGAUUUGAGCUUCACAGACAUAACUACAUUGCCUGCGUCACUUGGAAAGAUGAUUCUUCUUAAACUCUUGAAUUUGAAGAAGACAAACAUUACCAAGGUACCCAAGUGUGUGAGACAUCUAAAAGGCCUCCUGUUUCUUGCUCUCCCUUUAUGCUGCAGGUCAUUACCAGUAUGGAUAAGUGAACUAAAAUCUCUUCAACAUUUCGAAGGCUGGGGUAUUGAUCCCAUGCCAAAAGGAAUAUCAAAGCUGGCGUCUUUGAGAACACUGCGAGCAUUUUUUAAUUUAUCUAUAAAUGAGGAUGAAUUCAUGAGGCUAGGUGAUGUGGUUAGUAUGACCCAGCUUCAGGAACUACGGUUAAUUCUUAACCAUGACAUGGAGUUGGAGAGGAUGGAAGAAGGUAUCCUUGCACAGCUGUUGAGGAUGCGCCGUCUGGCAAUCAGGAAUAACAUCAAGGGAACGGAGCUUCCACAGUUUCCGGAGAAUAUUACAGCAAUGAAACAGCUAGAAUAUCUUCUACUACAGAGGUUUGUGGUACCAAGAUGGAUAUGCAAGUUGACAAAUCUGAGGGAAUUGUGGUUACAAGAGUGUAGCGAUUAUUCGGAGUUGGAAAGAAUGCCCAAUCUUGUGGGUUUAUACUUGAAUAAAGACAAGAGCUGCAGAAAAUUGCCGGAGGCCUUUGGAAAGUCUGGAGGGUUUCCACAACUCCGUUUCUUACAAAUUACUAAUUUCUCUUCAUUAGAGGAGUUGCCAACAUUGGAGGAGGGAGCGAUGGUAUGUCUUGAACAAUUUCUUUUAUUCUUAUGUCCGAAAGUAAAAAAAGUGGAGGGAUUGGAGCAGUUGAAAAGAUUAGAGGAGUUUAGUUUCUACGACUCUGGGAUGAUGAGUAACUGGUGGAAGACCUUAUAUGAAGAUGGAGAAUACUGGAAAAAAAUCAAAGCCAUAAAUCCCCAGGUAAAUAUUACUGCUAUUUAACAAUAUUAAUGAUUUUUUUUUUUUUUUAUAUAUUAAAGUUAAUUUUAUUUAUGAAAUGUAAAUAUUUAGAUGAGACAGAUUCUUUAAAAAAAACAUAUAUGAAGAAAUGUAUUUGAUUGUAUUCAAUUAUUAAUUUUAUAGAAUAUGUUUAUGAUUUGGUAAAGAUUUUAAAAUGAUAAUGAA